AUGACUUCCCCUCUCUGAGCCUUGGGUUUCCUGGCUGUGAAAUGGGAGGCUGCACUAGUGGAUGGCUGAGUUCUGUUUUCUUUCAGCUCUGAAGGUCUAGGACUUAACUCAGUCUCCUUCUUCAGGAUCAGCACAACCCUGCCUUCCUCUGGGAGGAUCCCCUGGCCAUGGACUGGGGUGGGGGGCACCUGCUCUGGCCCCCAGUGCUGGCUCUACUCUUCUGUAUUGAGACAGUUUCUCCCUCUCCUCCACCAGACAGGGGAGCCAUCUGCAGGGACCUUGUCACGCUCACGGCUGUGCUUGGCCUACAGCAGGUGCUCCAUAAAUACUUGCCGAAUGACUGAAUGCAUCAGGCCAGCACCAGGACGCCGCCCAGGCCCCGAGGGAGCCAGGAGCUGGGAGGAAGGCUUCUGGACUCCCGCCACGCCUUACAUUAGUGGCAGCUUCUCUGAGUCCCUACAGCCAGCCCCUCCGGGAUGCCAUUUGAGCCGGCUGAAUUCCGGGCACCACUUCACCUUGGAAAAGCAGCCUCCACCCUCAUCCAGCAGCCCGGGAGAUUCCUUCCCUGACUCAGAAGAGAGGGAUUCCAGCGCAGCUCCACCCUUGCAGAAUAAAGCAUUCCUGCUGCUGGUCAACCCCGGGGCUGCCAGCCCUGCGUCACCCCUGCCCCACAACUACAGGCAUGUGGCUGCGUCCACGGCAGGAGUCAGAGACCGGCUGGUGAUCACUGGAGCCUGGGGCACAGCUGGGGCUGGACGGGGGACAUCAGGGCUGGUCGUGGCUGUGGCCCGGAGCCUCUUCCCAGGCUGCAUUAGCACAGCUGGUAAAGGGCUGUGA